AAAUUUUAAAAUAUAAAACACUUCAAAAAAUAUUGAAGCUCUGAAAACCCAACCCAAGUUUCCGACCCCAGCUGUGGGCAGAACAGCAAGAAACCCAAUGGGUUCAGAUUGCUGGGAAUAUGGAAGCUGAUGUUUCGAUUCCCUUAUCAUCAGCAUCAGCAAAGCUAUAAUCUUUUCCCAUAAUUUUAAUCUUUUUUUGUAUUUUGAAGAAAAAAAGAGAGGAUUUUUAGGGUUUUGAAAUCUGGAGCUAUGCUCAACCUUUCUGCUGUGUUAUUUCCCGUCUUUCUUUUGGGCUUUCUCUCCCUGACGGCUCAUACGACGCUUGCUAAUAUCGUCUUGAUUGGUAGAAACACUCUUCUGGCUUUCGAAGACAUCGAGGCUAACUUUGCUCCUUCCGCAACGGGAUCAGGGCAAUGCGGGACAUUGUAUGUUGCUGAGCCAUUGGAUGCAUGCUCACUGUUAAGCAAUAAACUCGGCCCAUUGGUUCAAAACAGCACUAAACCCCCAUUUGUGUUGAUAAUAAGGGGGGGAUGUAGCUUUGAGGAUAAAGUUAAAAGAGCACAAGUUGCAGGAUUCAAAGCAGCCAUAGUCUAUGACAGCCAGCCCGGGGACUUAGUAGCAAUGGCAGGAGGCUCUAGCGGCGUAAAGAUACCCGCAGUGUUUGUGUCAAAAGAAUCCGGUCAAGCGUUGACCAAGUAUGCGGGUGAUGCUGACGUGGAAGUAUGGAUCAUCCCAACCAUUGAGAACUCGGCUUGGUCAAUCAUGGCCAUAUCAUUCAUAUCAUUGCUUGCCAUGUCAGCAGUGCUAGCCACCUGUUUCUUUGUCAGGCGACAUCGCGUCAGAAGAGAGAGGCCCUCCUCUCGGACCACUACUACGACUACACGUGUUAGGGAGUUUCAUGGUAUGAGUAGGCGGCUCGUUAAAGCUAUGCCGAGUUUGAUAUUUACCACAGUUGUUGAGGAUAACUGCACUUCGGUUACGUGUGCUAUUUGUCUUGAAGAUUAUAGAGUUGGGGACAAGCUCAGGGUUCUACCGUGCCGCCAUAAGUUUCAUGCCAAGUGUGUUGAUGCUUGGCUGACAUCAUGGAGAACUUUCUGCCCGGUUUGCAAGCGCGAUGCUAGAACCAGCACCGGGGACCCACCGCCAUCAGAAUCCACUCCGUUGCUCUCGUCGAGCGCUUCUCUCUCUUCAUUCUCAUCCCUUAGAUCGUCGCUCGCGUCAUCACCGUCGGCCUCCAUACAAAUAGGCGCUUCGACGUCCUGGGCCCCGUCACGUCCCCUAUCAUUUCAGUCAUCCGUCCGCUCGCCCAACCUCAUCGCGAGUGGCCUAAGGGACCCACAGUCUUCCCAACGGUCCCGUUCUUCGCAUCUGGUCUCGCCCCACUCCCUAUCCGUAGGGUACCCUUCCAUAUCGCCUCUUAAUAGCUCUAGUAGAUACAUGUCUCCGUACAUUCCGAGUCCGGGCAAUUCGUCCACCCGGCAUCCGAACCCGCUCCGUCAUAGCGAGUCGUACACGAGCUUUUCACCGUAUGCCUCGGCCCAAUCGCUGCCGGGUUGCGACUAGGGGGACAAGAAGAGUGUCUUUUUUUGAGGACUUCUGUAAUUUGUACAUUACAACAUAUUAAUAUUGUGUUGUUGCUGCUUUGCUUUGUGUGUUUUCAAAUUUGAGCUCAGUGGUUGGGAAUGAUAUUUAGAUGAUUCUGAGUUG